AUGCAGGAGUUUUUAUAUGAACUUUUAAAAGACGAUGUCAGUAGUGAUGUUUUUAUACUUGGGGAUUUUAACAUUGAUUUGGCUGUAAAAAACCAGGCAUCAUUAUCGUUUUUAAAUCUUAUGGCUCAAUUUAAUUUGCAUCCAAUUAUCAACCAACCGACUAGAAUAACAUCAAGCCAUUCGUCAACGAUCGAUAAUGUUUUUACUAAUUAUGGCAUCGGCGGCUGCCCUAAAGGAAUUCUAUACAGCGAUGUUUCUGACCAUUUACCUAUUUUUCUUUGCAUACCAUUGAAUGCUAAGGCUGUCGGUGGCAAAAACCCUUACAUUAAAACCCGUUUGAUUAAUUCUGAGAACCUAAAAAAAGCAAAUUGUUUAUUACAGAAUAUCCAGUGGAACAUGUCUGAUUACGGGUCCGAUUUUGAAUCAAAUUUUAAGAAAUUCCUAAAGACUUAUUUAAACUGCAUCAAUCUAGCUUUGCCAUUGGUGAAUAAAAAAAAUCGCUUCCGAAGGCCAUGGAUGAAUAUCGAUCUUUAUAAUCUUUCCUUGUAUAAAAAUGUUCUUUACAAAAGGCAUCUACACAAUCCAUCCCCUGCAAAUAAAAAUGCAUAUAAUAAGAUCACAUCGGCCACCAGACAACAUGGUAUGUUGAUGCCAAAAAAAGUUAGAACUUCUACUUACGAUAGAAGUUGGGUUGCUAAGGGAGUUAGACUUUGGAACGCUUUAGCUAUGCAUAACCAAUUGCAACUUACAAUUGAACACUUUAAGCAUUAUGCUAAGAGCGAAGUUAUGUCCAUGUCCGUCGAUGUUUAA